AUGCCUCCCAGAAACUACUCGAAGAACUACAAGGUUCCGCGCAACCCGUUCGAGAAGGAGCGUCUCGACCACGAGCUCAAGCUCUGCGGUGAGUACGGUCUCCGCAACAAGCGCGAGAUCUGGCGUGUUGCCUACACCCUGUCGAACAUCCGUCGUGCCGCCCGUGAGCUGCUCAAGCUGGACAGCAAGGACCCGCGUCGUCUGUUCGAGGGUAACGCCCUCAUCCGCCGCCUGAUCCGCAUCGGUGUGCUGGACGAGUCCAAGGCCAAGCUCGAUUACGUCCUGUCGCUCAAGGUCGAGGACUUCCUGGAGCGCCGCCUCCAGACCCAGGUCUUCAAGCUCGGUCUGGCCAAGUCGAUCCACCACGCCCGUGUCCUGAUCCGUCAGCGCCACAUCCGCGUCGGCAAGCAGGUCGUCAACGUCCCGUCGUUCGUCGUCCGCCUCGACUCGCAGAAGCACAUCGACUUCGCCCUGAACUCGCCGUUCGGUGGUGGCCGCCCCGGCCGUCUUGCCCGCAAGCGCGCAAAGUCUGCCGCUGCUGGUGGCGAGGAGGAGGACGAGGAGUAAAUGCUCCCAGCCCCGCACUCGUAGCUUCAACACACGGUCCACCGGUCUUUUUUGUUGGCUCAUCUCUACCGAUUUGCCUGUCAAAUUAAAUACGCUGUUGUAUGUGAUGUUUACGCUUC